CGGUGACGUAGCAGCUCAGACCAACACAACACUCAGGACACACGCAUACUAACAGUGUGGAGUUCACCGCAAACACAUAACGGUACCGUACCGUAGAGAGAGGGUAUCGGCGUCUGGGCGGUGGCGUGGAAAGGCGAACAGAAAGAGGAGGUGGCUGCACGGCUGUCACGAAGAUAAAGGGGCCGAAUUCCAGACUCUCUUAUAACUAAUUUAUUGUCAACCCGGUGGACAACUGCUCUCUAAUUAGGACUCUGACGGGCAGUGUUCUAGGGUGUGACAGGAGGCAACAUGGUGGACUACUAUAAUAUCCUAGGAGUGCCAAAAACAGCCUCACAGGAAGAAAUCAAGAAGGCGUACAGGAAACUGGCCCUAAAAUGGCAUCCUGACAAAAACCCAGACAACAAGGCAGAAGCAGAGAGAAAGUUCAAACAGCUUGCAGAGGCCUAUGAAGUCCUGUCCGACAAGAGCAAACGUGAGUCAUAUGACAGAUCUAAAGACGAUGGAUGGCAACGCACGGGUUACACCCACUCCAACUCUUCAACGGACUUCACUGGAUUCCCCUUCACAUUCCGCAGCCCAGACGAGGUGUUCAGAGAGUUUUUUGGUGGAAAGGAUCCGUUUGCUGAUUUUUUUGAAGGGAUGCCGUCAUCCUCCAACCUCGGCCCCAGUCGAUUCUUCUCUUUUCCCUCAGCAGGAGCUGGCUUUACCUCGUUCUCAUCAACCUCCAAUUUUAUGAAUGGGAUGGCCAACGAGAGCUUCUUAGGAUCCAACUCUAGCCACACAUGUUCAACUGUUACCAUAAAUGUAAAUGGAAAACGCACCACCAUUAAAAAGGAGAACGGGCAGGAAAGAACGGAGAUUGAGGAGAAUGGGGUGUUAACGAAGGUGUUGAUUAAUGGUGUGGAAGACGAAAUGGCGCUCGCUCUGGAGCUGAGCCGAAGACAGAACCAGUCCAAGCAGGCGACUCAGAAGCCAAAUAUCCAGAACAGACCAUCUGCCCAACCAGAGAGGCCACACCUCAGUCCCAGCCCUUUCUCCGGCUUCGCAGGCACUCAUCGGUCAUUUAGCUCCGCCCCUUCCUACCGCUACAAGGUUGAAGAAAGUAGUGAAGAUGACGACGAAGACGAAGAACUGCAGAUGGCUUUGGCGUUCAGCCUGUCAGAAUUGGAAGCCCAGCAGAGAGCUGCUGCCGCCGACCGCAUAUCAGGUGCCGGGGGUGUGGGCAGAGUCAGGAUUAACAAAGCUAGGGGCCUCGGAAAUGACGUGGGAGUAAAGAGAGAAUUUUUAAAUGUGGAAAGAAAUGCGAAGAUUGUUGUAGAGGAUAAACGUGCAAAUGGUCAGUUUAAAAUGGACUCCGAACCUGGAGUUGAGAGUGAAACCGAGAAAAAGAGAACCAGGGUGCCAGACCUCUCUCCCGAGUCACCCUCAACAGCCAGCACUACACCGCAAAGUCAGAGCAGUGAGGAGAGGUUUCAGCCCGCGAUCAACACUAAUGCCGGCUGCGUGAAAAAGAAAAAGAAGUGUGGGUGCGUGGUGUGCUAAUGAAGUGUCGUUUACAUUUGAGAUGCCUUAUACUUACCUCGGUGUUUUGCCUACAGCCUAAUGCAAUGUGAUGGCCGUGCCUAAACUGACCACAGGGCUUUCUUGAAACCUUGACAAGAUUUGUGUUUCUCAGCCAAAUUAGAAAGUCCCACUUAAUCUGGCAAUGCAGCUAAAACUAUUUUCUUUUGUGCACGCAAACCGUUGUAGAGGAUUGCUUCUGAACGUAAGUAAACGUGAUAAAUGUUCACAUGGAUUGAAAAGAAAGAGUGGGAUUAUGUGGGGCGUUGUAUGUAGUGGACUAGUGGUGAGGGUGGGUAGGUGUGAGCACUGUUGAAAAUCAGCUUGAAAGGGAUAGGGUUGUUUUUUUUUUUUUUACUUGUGGAGAUUAAGGUCAGGGUACGGUAAGAAGCACAUUCCAUUGUGUCAAGGUCUACAUAACAACAGAAGUAAAAAGGUGUGUGUGUCUGUGUGGUUUUCAGUGUGUGUUUGGUGUGUUUGGGUUCAGUGAGACCCUGCCGUAGAAUGUCCUCAUUCAGAUUGUAGGUCGGAUCUGAAGAAGGGUACAGAACUCUCUGUGGCGAUUUUCAUAAUAACAUACGUACAGACUCAUUUACUAAACUACCGUAACCUGCCGGCUGUAGACUGUAUUUUGGGCAAAGCACUUUACAUUAGAAAGCAAAGCCUUUCUUUGACUGUCCUGUGACUGGAACAGUCACCAAAAAUCAUUAUCUAAAUCUUUGCCUUUACACGUUUUAACUACUCGUGUGUUGCGUUUACUAAACUUAAAUGAACGCUGCAAAUGGCAAAGCUGUGUGUGAGUACCUCGGAGCGGAGAAUGAGUACUUGCAUGUUGUUUUUAAAAUGUGCAAUAUUGUGUUUACAUAUAUAUGAAUUCCCCUAAACGCUAAACCUGCUCCAGUUGAAUUAUCACAUGUGGUGCGAAAUUACCAAGACUGUACGUCAGGAGAAGCUACAUAACCUUCUUUCCUAAUGCACUGAUUCUCACCAGGCUUUUUCCUGAAAAUAAUUAAAAUAACUUCUGGGAUGAAAUACAUGUUUUAAUACUUUAAAAUGAAAAGGAAGUACAUGGAAGGCAUGUUUAUAUGAACACAGACAGGUUAGGUGAAUGUUAUGGACUGUUUGGUUGUCAUGGUAGCUGUCAGUUAGUGGAGAUAUUGGGCAGCAAGACAAACAUUUUGUCCUCGAAGUUUAUGUGGUGGAAGCAAGAAAAAUGGACACGUAGAAAGGUUUGAGCAACUCUGACAAGCGUCCACUUAUAAUGGCUGGUAUCUUGUGUGGUGCUCCUUGUUUGCAGUGCUUAGUACUUAUUAAGUGGAUUCCAUGUCUCAGUGCGUAGGGGGACACAAUAUCAGGCAGGCUGUCAUAAUGUUGAUUGUUGGAUUGUAUUAUUGUUCUAUUUCCACAUUGCUGACGAUCAGUAUCCAGUUCUGCUGAGUUGGGUAUAACAUCCACUAAAUCUGUGAUUCAUUGUGUGGACGGGGCAUGUGUGGUAUGUUUCACCUUUCCACCGAACCUGGCCGCUAUGUACAAAGCAGUUAAUAAUGUCACACACACAUAUUUGUCUGCACAGUCCUAGAAACAAGGACAGAGUGUCUGAAUGAGAGGGAGGUCUGAGUUGUUGAAUGGCCAUCUAGUUACCAUGGUGAUCCUAAACCCAAAUGUUCCUUGUUGCAGACGUUUAAUGAAGUAAAAGCGGCGUUAUUGGUGAAUAAUCAUCGUAACUGUUUUAAUGUGAUUCUUUCCAUGAGAAGAAAUUGUGCCGGUGCCAAAACGCGAAGGUGUCAAAAUUGCUCGUACUAAAAGUAAUAUGUAAAGAUAUGCGUAAAGAAUGAUAAUCAUUUUCUACUAUAUUAUAAAGACAUGCCUGUACAUAUGAUAAUCCUAUCACAGGCAGUGUCUCUUUCCCUAUUUUUAUACUCAUACAGAUCAAUGUUUUUGGUUUUGAUAAAUACUGACACAUAUUUUCACGAGUGCUUGAUUUAUUUAACAUUGUAUGACAUUUGCUUUCACUUAAACCAUUAAUCAGCAAAAUAAUAGUGCGACAAAAGUGAUUCAUAGUCAUGUGUUAUUCCUUCUCUCUAAACUGUAAAUUGUGUGGAGAGGGGACGCGCGUGAAAUAUUUUAUAAAAAAACAAAUAAUAAUAAUCUGCUUUUAUUAUUUGUACUAUACUGAAAUACCAUGUGUUGAUGUUCCUUUUAUUUUCAGAUUGUUAAGGCGGAAAUAACAAAUAAAGAUUAAGCCAAAAUAUGA